AUGCUUAUAAAACAAUAUGGUAUAGAUGGACAGUUUAUGGAUAAAACCUCUGAUCACUUUCAAAAUGAAAUUUUAAAUUUACCUCUCGAAACUGAAGAGAAAUUGGAUGCCUUUGAAAAAAACCUUUUGAAUAAUGACUUCAGAACAAAAAUGAUUUCAGAGCUUAAACGAUACUCUCGUAAUUCACUACCAAGUACCAUACGUUCAAUAAUGAGAUAUGUUUUCAAAGAUAAUUUACUUGAAAAAUAUAGCUACAAAGGUUUUAAAAAGAAGAAGGUGUUUUACACAUUAUCAAUAUGUUCUGUGAUAUUUGAAGCAAUAAAACAUAUGAAAAAGUUUAGUAAAUUUGAUGCAAUUGAUGUUGAGACCCCAUUGAGGACUUUCAUUUCAGGGGCUAAAUUCAGGGAUACAUCUAAGAAGUCUCAAUUGGAUACCCAUAAUUCUUCAGUUUAA